AACAAUGUUAAGAGCCAGCUGCUUCCAGGGAAUAACUUCACCACAGAGUGCAAUAUCCCUGGAAAUUUCAUGUGUGGAGAUGGGAAGUGUGUCCCUGGAGGGUGGCAAUGUGAUGGGUUGCCCGAUUGCUUUGACAAGAGUGAUGAAAAAGGCUGCCCUAAAGUCAAGUCAAAGUGCGCACCCACAUUCUUUGCCUGUGCCAAUGGGGUCCACUGCAUCAUUGGUCGCUUCCAGUGUAAUGGCUUUAGUGACUGUCCUGAUGGGAGCGAUGAAGAAAACUGCACAGGUAACCCAUUAGUUUGCUCCGAGGCCCGCUUCAAGUGUCGAAAUGGUCGCUGUGUAGACCGCAGCUUUUUGUGUAAUGGUCAGGACAACUGUCAAGAUAAUAGUGACGAGGAGCUCUGCCUGAGUACAGCAGAAGCACCUGGGCAGGACUUUGUGACAUUGGACUACCGUCUGCGUUAUUACCCUAGCAUCACCUAUGCUGUCAUCGGAAGUGCUGUCAUCUUUGUGUUGGUUGUAGCCUUGCUGGCCUUGGUGCUUCAUCAUCAGAGGAAAAGGAGUGUUCUGCUUCCUACUGGUGUAAGAGGAGCCUCUCACCACCACCAACCAUUGCUCCUGUCCCGCUUGGUCAUCUUGGAUCGCGGUCACAUGCAUCCUGGUGAUCCGGUUCACUCCCCUGGCUCCCCCACUGCAGCCAACCAGUAUAGCUCAUCUCCUGAGGUUCUGCAAUUCUUGUCUGACACCCUAUGUCCUACCACACAGCCAGUAGAGACGCCUCCAUCAUACUCUCAGGCAGUUAUGGAUGUCAGUCGGCCUCCAUGGUUCGAUCUCCCGCCUCCUCCUUACCCUCCGGAUGGAGAAGAAACUUCGGAGGGCAAUUUGCCUCAUUACGAGAGCCCUUCUGCAUCGCCCACCCUUAGAACUAUGUCCUCAAACACUCAACCCAGUUCAAAUUCUAGACAUUUUUAA